AAUGUCGAACUUUAACCUUUACCUAACUUUACUUUAGGUAAGUUUAACUAAUUUUACCGCGGUCCCCGACGCCAUGGUACAGGUGACGUAAGAUGACGUAUGAUGUUCCUGUUGACUGCUGGCCGCGCUUAAAAGACUCAUCAAGAGGAAGUUAUGCAGCAUUUCCCGCCGAUCUCACGAGAAUAACUGUGGUGUUUGCAGGUUAUCGCUGCGUUUCUCUGACAGAAAUUCUAAUGCAGAUAAGCAUUUUAAUUUCGAGUUAUGAUUUAGAGAGAGUAAGUAAGUAACAGUUAGUAAGAGGAAUGAUGAAUUACACUUUAGUUUUUACCAUUUCCAUUGUUUAGCAGCAGACCUGUAGAUAUUUCUUCCUGUGGAAGUUUUUCUCACCUGAAGUAACCGAAGUUUUGAGCAAAGAGGAGAACACGUGUUUCGAGAUCCCAGUGGUUUGCUAGAAUAAUCUGAUCAUGACAAUAGUGGUUCUGCGUUUGCAAGGUUUGCACACAGAGGCAGGAUCUGAAGAUAUCCGCAGAUUUUUUCAUGGCUUGAACAUCCCUGGGGGUGGUGUUCAUAUCACUGGGGGCGAGAUGGGCAAAGCAUUCAUUAUUUUCAAUACGGAAAGAGAAGGUCAACUUGCCAUGCGCUACUCUGGAAAACCCCUCAGAGGCUCUGCUAUUUCAUUAUUUAUCAGCAGUUUAGCGGAGUUAAAGCAUAGCAUGGAGUCAAUGUUAAAGAGGGCAAAGUCCUCUGCAGGGGCGACUAAAACAGUGCCAUUGACGUCAUCCUCACCAGACAACAAUGCAGGUCUUUCGUGUAGUCUAACAUCUUCCAUUCAAGGUCUCCAUUCAAAAAACAAUGGGAAUCAAUGCCAGAUGCCUCAAGCUAUGAACAAUCGAAGCCCAGCUUUAAACCAAAUUUAUAAAGUCUUCAACCAAACUGUUCAAGACAAGCAACAGUCCUCUUCUGACAGCCAAACAAAUGCAGAUUUUACUCAUCCUGUAAAACUUACUCAUGACUUGGCAUUCAAGGAGCAACAAUGUAGAAACAUCAAUUCCUGUAAGCCAGGCUACCUUAGGCUUUAUGGAUUCCCUGAUUCUGCUGACAAACAAGAGGUCUUACGUUUUCUGCGAGGACUCUCAGUGUCUGAGGUUUUUAUGAAAGUUCGCUUACAACUGGGCUGGUGCUGCCUGGCGAAGGUGUCCAGUUUUGCAGAGGCUGAAGAGGGAUUGAAGUACAGUCAGAGAAAAUUCAAAGAAUUCAACAUUGAGGUUAGACUCGCCCAUGAGAAGAUGUGGACCGAUGCUGUGGAGCAGUCCAAAAAUCACACAGAUAACAUGGAAUCUCAUGCUUUCUCGGAGCAAAACAAAACCUUCCCAGAAAGAAAUACAUUUAGAGGUUUCUCAAGCAAAAGAAGUACAGAGGAGCUGCCCUCACCAGGAUCUCCUAAACGAUACUGUCAAAACUCCCCAUCCCCUCAAACAGAACUUUAUGUUAUAGUCAAAAACCUUUCAAAGAAUAUAACCAAGACUGAGAUCAAGAACAUUUUUGGCUGCCACGAAAUCCCUAACAGUCAAAUUAAACACUUACUAAAUAAGUGGGGAGAGCGGACAUGCACAGCUUUCAUUAACUUUGGCCAUGCAGAAGACUACGCUUCAGCUCUGAACAUGAAUGGCACCACGGUUGGCCUAAAGAACAUUGAAGUGUCAUCUAUUACUAAGGAAGAAAUGUUUGCCAUACUGAGUAGGAACAGAUGUACUAAAAGCUGGAGACCGUAUCCUUAUGGAAAAGCUCACUUUGCCAUGUCGUGCGUAUAUACUCGCAAUUUUCCCGCAGAUGUCAAGAAAAUACAGGUGAAAGAUUUUUUCACGCCCUUCAACAUCUGUGAAAAUGAUAUUGCAUUGCUUGUGGACAGCCAGGGCAAAGGUGUUGGGGAGGCCAUUGUGCAGUUUGGAUGUGAGGAAAUCGCCAUACAAGCUCAGAGUCUUCAUGGGAAGUUUUUUAUGGGAGCCAAAAUUCUGAUCACUUGUAUCACACGUCAACAGAUGGAGAAGAUAAUAGGCACACGGUGAACAUUUGGAGGCAUUUACUGCAUCUUUAGACACGAGCAAUGGUGUAAAAUCAAUGGAAAUGAGGACAACCAAGUCAUCAUUGUCCUUCAGCUUUUGAAAACUUAGAUCGAGCUUAAAAGGCCAAUUGGCUAGGUCACCAAAUCUAUGCAUGAAGAGUUUUGGCUAAGAUGUUGGCACAGUUUUUUCAGCAACAACAACUGAAAUUGAUAAAGACUUUUAUUACAGAGGACAUGGAAGUCUUCAGCCAAAAAUACUUAUUUUCAUACAGUAGUUGCCAAACUAUUAAGGACUCAACUGUUAUGGAAUCAUUUAAUUUUUCAAUGAUUCAAAAAUAUAUAAUUAGUGCACAGCACCCUUGCACAUUAAAAAAAAAAAUAGCUAAGUCACUUUUGCACUUUCUGCUUGUUUCAUCCAGUUAUAGCUUUUGAACAAACACUUACACCGCUUACUGGCUUCAAUUAAAAAUGGAAAUUGAGAUCUUGACUUUCAUAUUAGAGUAUUAAGAGUGAUUUCAGUUCAGAUUUUUGGGUUUAUUAUAAGGAAUGUUUGUACAAAGAAGCUUCUUAAUGACCUUUUAGGCCGUCAAAGUGUUUGUCACAUUAUCUGUAUGAUAGCCAGUGUUCUGAUUUGGCAUUUUUUGUACAUGUUCCCAUUUGACUACAACCAUUUGUUGUUUCUAAUGUCUGAGUGACCAGAUAAAUUGAUGUUUGUCAAAUGUGUAUUUUUGUAAUGCACAUAUUGUAAUAAAACAAUUAAAAUCACUUGUGUUUACAUUGUGUUUUGGUCUGAAAUAUUUAGUAAAGACAAAAGUAUUUUUCACCAUUAGACAAGGUCAAGUCUGAAGACAAGCAUGAAGACCAACAAGUAUGAAAAUAAACUGCAACACACUAUGCCUCUUCUUAUCACAAGUCUAAAAUUAAAGAAAUGAUGAGCAUUUAAAACAAUCAUGUCUAUGAAAUACUGAAACAAUUUCUUUAUCAGUUGUG